AUGGCGGAGAAGGACGAUUCCCGGCCUGAGCCGGUCGUCGACCAUGGAUCGAUCAAUGGCGACCACAUUGACAAGGCCGCCAUUGGUAGCGUCACCGAGGUUCAGGGCAACACACACUUCCAUGAGACGGUUACUGGGGCGCCGCUGGAUCCCUGGUCGUGGACGAGCAUUCAGCUGUACCUGAUCCUCCUCGUGGCCGCUUUGAACGCGACGUCAUCUGGUUUCGAUGGUUACCAGACCUACUUCCAUCACACGGAGCUCGGCUCUGCCACAGGAAUCAUCUUCAUGAUUUACACCAUUGGUAAUAUGGUCGGCUCUCUCUUCACUGGUCCCAUUUGCGAUUACUUUGGCCGUCGCGCGGGUAUGAUGACCGGUUCCCUCUUCAUCAUGGUCGGUGCCAUCGUCCAGACGGCCUCCAAGUCCGAUGCCUACCUCCUCGGAGGUCGUUUUGCCCUCGGAUUCGGUGUCUCCAUCGGAACUUCGUCUGCGCCCACAUACGCCCUCGAGUUGGCCCCUCCCCAAUGGCGAGCCCGUGUGGUUGGUUACUACAACACCUUCUUCUACACCGGUGCUAUUCUCGCCACGGGAGUCACAUAUGCCUCUGCCAAGAACAAUAGCGAACUGGCCUUCCGUCUGCCCAUGGGUCUCCAGCUCAUCCCCCCGUUUUUCAUCUUCAUCGGCGCCAUCUUCAUCCCCGAAUCUCCUCGAUGGCUCACUAUGUGGGGAAAGAAGGACAAGGCUGCUGCAAUCCUGGCCAAGUACCACGGAGGUGGUGACAGCAACCACCCCAUGGUCCAGCUUGAGCUGCGCGAAUUCGAGGCCUCGAUCGAACUGCAGAAGUCGUCGAGCAUUUUCGACUUCUGGGCUCUGGUCAAGGACCACAACUCCCGCUGGCGAUUCACCAUGAUGGCUUUCAUGUCCUUCUUCGCCCAGCUGUCUGGAAACUCUGUCUUGACGUAUUACCUCCCUUCCAUGUACAAGCUCCUCGGUAUCGUCUCUGUUGAGCGCCGACUGCUCCUCUCUUUUGCCAACUCUAUUGUUUCUUGCACCGGCGCUGUUGCUGGAUCUGCAACCAACGACAAGAUUGGUCGUCGUACCAAGCUCUGGGUCGGAAGUCUUGUCCUUGCCAGCUUAUUCGCUGCUGUCACAGGAUUCUCCGCCAAGUUUGAGCAUGGCUCGGAGGGCAUUAGCUCCGCCUUCUCCAACGGUGGUGUUGCCAUGAUCUUCCUCUUCGGCUGCGCCUACUCUUUCGUGUACACUCCCCUGACUGCCACUUAUUGUGCCGAAGUUUUGGCCAAUCCUACCCGUGCCAAGGGUAUGGGAGUCCACGUCAUCAUGUCAAACUGCGCCAACCUCUACAACACCUAUGUGACUGCCGUUGCUCUUGAAGCUAUCAACUGGCGCUACUACCUCAUUUUUGUCGGUCUUAACCUCAUCUACGGCUUCUGCUGGUUCGUCUUCGGUGUUGAGACCCGUGGUCGCACUCUUGAGGAGUUGGACGAGGUUUUCAACGCCAAGUGGCCGCCGCGUGCUGCUCUUCAAAAGCACGUCAUGGUCAAGGCGCAGGAUGGCCAUCUCGCUGGCCUGGAUGACAGCAGCGGUAACGCUGAGCGGGUUUAAAUGGAUAUUGCCGCAGGCGGUAUUUAGGCUUUGUAAUACCUAGAGGUGAAACUGUUGGUGGAGAGUUAUUGACAGUUGAAGCGAGGGGCUUUCUUUUUAAGACACUAUACGUACGAUUAAUGAUAAGAGGUAGAGAGCGUUUGCUUGACUACAUAUAUUU